GCCCGUGGGGCGCGUCGCGCGCACGCGCAGCGGAGGGCGGCGCGGGCGGCAUGGGGACUGCGGCGGCGGCUGCGGCGGCCGGGGAGGGGGCGCGCGGCCCGAGCCCCGCCGCCGUGUCGCUCGGCCUGGGCGUGGCUGUGGUGUCGAGCCUAGUGAACGGGUCCACGUUCGUGCUGCAGAAGAAGGGCAUUGUGCGCGCUAAAAGGCGAGGUACUUCCUACUUAACAGACAUUGUGUGGUGGGCUGGCACAAUUGCAAUGGCUGUUGGCCAGAUUGGAAACUUUCUAGCUUACACUGCGGUCCCUACAGUCCUGGUGACUCCCUUAGGUGCCCUUGGAGUACCAUUUGGGUCCAUCUUAGCUUCUUAUCUUCUGAAGGAAAAGCUCAACAUCCUGGGCAAGCUGGGGUGUCUGCUAAGCUGCGCGGGCUCCGUCGUGCUCAUCAUCCAUUCCCCGAAGUCUGAGAGCGUGACCACGCAGGCCGAGCUGGAGGAGAAGCUGACCAACCCAGUGUUUGUGGGCUACCUGUGCAUUGUGCUGCUCAUGCUGCUGCUGUUGAUCUUCUGGAUUGCACCAGCCCACGGGCCUACCAACAUCAUGGUCUACAUCAGCAUCUGCUCCUUGCUGGGGAGUUUCACCGUGCCUUCCACCAAGGGCAUUGGGCUGGCAGCCCAAGACAUCUUGCACAACAAUCCAUCCAGUCAGAGAGCCCUCUGCCUGUGCCUGGUGCUCCUGGCUGUCCUGGGCUGCAGCAUCAUUGUCCAAUUCAGGUACAUCAACAAGGCCCUGGAGUGCUUCGACUCCUCUGUAUUUGGGGCCAUCUACUACGUUGUGUUUACCACACUGGUCCUACUGGCUUCAGCCAUCCUCUUCCGAGAGUGGAGCAAUGUGGGGCUGGUGGACUUCUUGGGCAUGGCCUGUGGAUUUACAACUGUCUCCGUGGGAAUUGUCCUUAUACAAGUGUUCAAAGAAUUCAACUUCAACCUUGGGGAGAUGAACAAAUCCAAUAUGAAAACAGACUGAGAUGCAACCAAGGGGUGGGGGCUUAAGGAACAGGCAUUGGAGGAGGUCUGUGGUUCUUACUACAUGUCAAGUACAAGAGACUCUCGGUGAGAGUUAGUUGCCUGUGUACUAAUAAUCUAGUGGACAAUAGGCUUUGUACCAGGGUGAGAUUCAGACCUCUGCAGCACAGAGCUCCCAAUGGUUGUUUGGGUGUAAACUCUCUCUGAUAAAACAAAUUCUGUUUUCAUUUCCAUUAACCGAGAAGCUUUCAUUAAUUACUUGUUUAAAACAUUUUAACAUGAUUUACCAGACAAUAAAGAUGAGGUCUUUCUAGUUAGUCUUUGUAGGGGAGCAGAUAUUCUUAGAGUACCUUGGAAAAGGAAGUGAAAUCUGGCUCUGUACAGUAAACGUGAGUGACUUUGUGCUUGUGUUAAGCAUGUAUAGCAUUCAGGUAUUUUACUAAAAUAAGUGGUAUGUGAAUCGAGUUGUUUUUAGUCCUUUAACAACCUGACUCUCCUACAUGUACCCCAAAGCUGAGGUCAGCAGAGGGAGAGGAGUUAAUGACAGUGACGCAGAGUUCCAUUGACAGGGUGACUUUCCAGUAGCUCAAAUAGAUUUUAGUGCCUUUAUCAUUUUAAUUAUUCACUUAAUUUAACUAUUACUGUGUAUAUGUUAACUUUUCUAAUUACAAGUAUGUAAAGCAGUUAGAAAAAUAGUAUGUUCAGUGGAAGAUAUCAAAAACUAAAGAUACAGAACAAUUUGAAAAGUGACCCAGGUGUAUAUUGUCAUUCAAUUAAGGGCAACUGAUUAAGUUAAAGAGAUAUUUAAUUUGCAUUUAACCUCUGUUACUUGGAUUCAUUAUGAAAAACACCUGCUUUCUGUUUCAGGCAGUAUUGUGUCCAUUCGGAAGAAUAAACUAUUGAACUUGAAACUAAGGUUGUUAUAUUAGAGAAUGUCUCCUUAGUACACACUGCAGGAGUUUAGUAAAAGUGCCUCAGUACAGGAACACAGUUUAGGACUGUUUCUACAAAGUGUAAUGUGUAGUUUCUAAGGGAGUUUCUAGCAAAGAUGAAAACAAUGUAGCCUUCUCAUUUGAAAUGAUAGAACUUUCUAUACUUUCUUACUGAGCCUCUUACUAAACCUUCUGACUAUAUGCAAGGCAGCCCUGGACUUGAUAGCCAGCAUCAAAGAGAAACAACAAAACAAAACAACCUUCUUAAAUGGAAAAUAGUUGUUAACCAUGCAGUCUUUUAGCUCAGAAAUGAUCCUUCUAUUCCACAGUAACCUUUCUGUGCAUUAAAUUGGAGCAAGGCACAAGGCAACACAACAUAGCAUCAUAUUAUGAUAUACCGUAUUAUGAUGUUGCAUGUUCCACCUGCUUUGUUUUCUCUGAAUGGAAUAGGCCAAGUUAAAAGAAAUGGGGUUGGAUAAAUAAGUGAGGUGAGGGAGAACAUGAAUUUUAAUAAUACCCAAUUAAACUUCUCACUAAGACAAAAAUGUGCUUUUCCAGAUAGGGCAUUUGAACAGUAAAGUCCCUCAAAAUAGCUGGAUGUUGGUGGCAUAUGCUUUUAAUCUUCAAAGACAGGCAAGCCUCUGAGUUUGAUACCAGCCUGAUGUACAGAGGAACCCUGUUUCAGCCCACCCCUCAAAAGACCCAGAUAAUAGUUUUCUGAACUCUAGGGAAAAAAAGAGUAAAAUAGUAGUUUAGCAUAAAGUAAUCUGUUUUCUGGCCAUUUGUCAGACUCAAUAAAGUGAAAACAUGAAUAAUGAUCUUGGUGCAUCAGUCAGUAAUUUGUGAAGAACAGCAACAAAGUGAUUUAAACAGUUGAAACCUUGCAUAAAGUAGUAGUCAGUAAAUGUUCCAGUUCAUUCUUCUUUGUAUCAGCUUUUGAAUUUUUGUUUAAUCACUAGUAUCUUUAGGAAUAUAAAACUUAAUUUAUAAUAGCUGGAAAGUGUUAUGCAGCAGGAUCUGAAUAAUUUUGAUACAAAGGUCUCUGAGGUAAAGAAUAUAGCUAUACUAGUACAGUGAAGAAAUUUGUAAUGUGGAAAUAACCUUGUUCAUUUUUGCUACUUCCCAUGGAGUUAGCUUAAAUGCACCCGUUGAUAUACCUGAAGUUUCAAUCCACAAUUAUACCAUGAGUAUCCAAAUUCUGGAAUAGCCAGAUCACCCAGAUUUACAUCUGGUUAGCAGAUUACUUCAGUAGGUUUCAUGCUUUUGUUCUGAAAGAACAAGUUGUCACUGUUAACUUCCAAAUAACAAGCACGAAUAGGGCCUAAUUUUCAAAUUUAAUGUAGUGCACAUGUAUGCAUACUUACUAUUUUACAAAUUCAGUUUUUCACAAUUUUUAAUGCAAAAGAAAAUAAGAAUUCCAAAGACUGAGCUCUGGGGGAAAAUCUAGAAUACAAAAGAAUUUCUUACUGGUCUCUAAAAGUUAGUUUAUAAGAAACACUUUCAUUACGAUGUAGUUUUGGGUUUUCUUUCUGAUAAAACUUAAGAAAACAUGUCUACUGUGCACUUUUUCCCACAUUUUUUAAAUCAUCAAAAUAAAAAAUUUUGGGACAACUUAGAGAAUUACUCUUGGAAGACAUUUAAGUCAUUUCUCUCCUCUUCUUUUUGGACAGUGCCCUUGCUCAUAAAUAUCUUUAUAUUUGAAAAGGCUGUUUCCUGUUGUAAAUACUGAUUAAGUAUAAAAUCAGUUAUGGAUUCCUACUGGAACCCAGAUCUAGGAUACCACAUGGAACAUUGGUCUGGUCUGCACAAAGGCUGUGUGUGUUCUAGAGGAGGAAGGCAUAACUGCCCACACUGGGACCUUUGGAGAGGAACUGUUUCUCCAGUGUCCUCACUGAUCACUGAGACUAUCACUAUAGUUGUUUCUAUUAAAAUACCAAUAAAACAUAUUUUGCUGCUGUCCAUUCAACUAUAAGGCUAUUUCUGCUGGGCAGUGGUGGCACAUGCCUUUAAUCCCAGCACUUGGGAGGCAGAGGCAAGCAGAUUUCUGAGUUCGAGGCCAGCCUGGUCUACAGAGUGAGUUGCAGGAUAGCUCCAACUACACAGAGAAACCCUGUCUUGAAAAACUAAAAAAGAAAAAAGAAAAGAAAAGAAAAGAAAAGAAAAGGAAAGAAAGAAAGAAAGAAAGAAAGAAAGAAAGAAAGAAAGAAAGAAAGAAAGAAAGAAAAGAUUCUAUUUUUACUGUUUAAGCCAUUUUGUUCUGCUUAAUUUUAUUUCUUAAGUAAUCACAGGAAUAAUAUAUUGAUCUUUUCCUUUCAUUGAGUUUCACAUGUUUUCUUAUCCCUUUUUGUGGUACUAGGAAAUUCAGAUGUGGGCAUUAUGCAUGCUAGGCGAGAGUUUCCCUUGAGCUAGAUCCCCAGCCAGCUCGUGUGCACUUUUGGUAGAACCUUGCUCAAGCCUGUGUGCUCACAGAUCCUCUUCCUUUGCUCCUAACGGUCCAGUGCUUGGUCAGCGCUGUGCUAAAUUUUUACAAGCUAGUCUCUAGGCUUCUGUCAAGUACUCAGACGUAGUGACUUGAAAAACAGAUGGCUGUUGAAACAAGUAUUAGUGAGCAUAGACUGUUGCCCGCUGCAUAAUUAUUUUCUCUUUAUCCCCUUAAAAAGGGUCUUGUGUAUCCCAGGGUGGCCUUGGACUCUAUUUCCUAAACCUCUCCAGUGCUGAGAUUACAGGCAUAUGUCAUUACACUGGGCCUCCGGCAUGUUCAUAAUUUUUGUUAGCAGUGAUACUUUUAUUCCAGACUUAUCUAGCAGAGCAGUGCUCCUGUCUUGGAUACCUACUAGGUCUUGGUCAAUAUUUCUGGGGUCUGUAAAAGGCCUCAUGACUAUAUCAGUUAGAUCUAAGGAAGUAUUCUCAGUGUGUCUGACACAAAGGAGCUUGCUAGUCUGUUAAGCAGGACUGGAGAGAAUCUUGAUGUGAAGCCUUCUCAGGGACCACAACUGUACUAUCAGCUCCUUAGCACAGACUUUCUAAGGACAUAGCCACAUUUUCCCUAUGUUUUACAUAUAUUCACUGCUAGAUUCUGUUCAUUUGAGUUGGCAAACAGCUACUUGGCACACCAGUCACACCAUAAGCCAGUUUACCACAUAGACGGCCUAAAUAUUUUGUAUUUCUCACUUCCACAUGAUAGUUGUCACUGGUGAAUUUUAAGAGUCUGUUAUUUUCACUCGUACAUGAUUUUUUACAUCUGGCAAGAUCCAUCCAUAUACUGUAUUAACCAUUCAAGAAGAUUAGAGUUAUAGGAACAGUAAUGUGCAUUUAGCCCAGUAUCACUACUCGUUUUUAAUCAUACACAUUUCUCAUAUGCAAUUAAAUGCAGCAAAAGAAUAUUUUUAAAAAGCAACAGCUGUUGUAUCAAAAGAUAUCUAUUUAAAAAUUGAUAUUAUACAGAAAAAAAUGUAAAUAAACAUCUAUUUCAAAUGUACCCACAGUAAUUUAAAAGGAUAGUCAUAGGCCCAUGGAGUCAGGAAGGAUUUAUUUAUUUGUUUGUUUGUUGUUUUUAAAAUUUUAUAUUCCAUGUUAUAUGGGCUUUUUCCUGCAUGCAUGUAUGUGCACCACCUGCAUGCAGUACCCACUAAGGCCAGAAGGGGCUGGACGAUCCCUCGGAACUGGAGCUUCUGUAGGCUGGGCUCUACCGGGGCCCUGGGAACCCAACCUGAGCCCUCUGCAAAGUAGCGAGUGCUUUGAAGCACCGAGCCAUCUCUCCAGUUCCGGGGGACUUACUUUUUUCCCCCCAACUUUCUCCUGAUUUGUGAAUAUAUAUAUAUGUGAAUUUUUUAACCUUUCUGUGCCUCAGUUUUUCUACCUCGAAAGUUGUAGGAAGGUUCUCCAAAGUUGAUUCUAAACUGAGAGUGCAUUCAGCUCCUCUCUGAAAACUGAAGGGAGGAGCACCAUGCUCAGUAUGGCUCUGGAAGCUUGCAGAUGUUGGCAUCUGAAAGACUGUGCUUAGAGCAUGUAGCCUUGAACACCAAGCAAGUAAGGGGAACGCUGGGUUUAAAGUUUGCAUAAUUCCAUAAGACUUUCAUUUUUGUUUUAAGGGUUUAUGUAUUUUGUUUGAGAAGGAGGAAAUAAAACACGGAUUUCAAAAAAUAAUGGAAGACCAAAUUCUGAUACUAUGAUGAGUUUCCUUUGUGUCCGACUUUGGGUUGUGUGCUGUAUAUGUAGCCUAUCUGUCCCAUCAAUUCUGUUGCAUUGAAUUUCCCAUGAGCCAUGCUGAACUUCUGCUUACCAGGGCACCUUAGCCCUGAUACUCAGCUAUUUGAUGCCAGGCACAUGUCAGGAACUCCCGAAACACUAAUGCCAAAGAGUCACCUUGACAAAUUCAGAACGCUUCUUUUGUCAUGAUUCCUUGCAUUUCACCCCAUCAGUAUUUUUGCACUUCACAAAAGUUUAAAGGUGUGGCAUUUUGGUUGUAAUUCUGGUUUUGCUUUUUAAAAAGGAUAAUUAUUACUUCCUCAUGAAAUGAAUAUAAUGAGAGAAACAAAAAGAAUGCCAAAUGUUGGUUUCUGUGAAAGCUUUCUCACAUUAAUGUAGUAGGGGAAAAUGUUUCCAGUUAGUACACACAUACAUAUUUAUCAGUGUCUAAGACUUGCUUAUAUUUUGCUUCAUAGAAGUAGUCAUAGCAUGUUAUAAUUGCCUUAUGUAGAUAAAAAAGGCUCUUAAGUUUUACAAUAAUAUUUAUUAUUCUGUAUAUGUUUUAAAAUAAAGUAACAUUUCUAGCUGA